AUGGUGCGCAAUAUUUUAAGAGAGCUGGACAAAGCCGAAAUUCGUCUUUGUGCAGUCUACCUUGUUGACUCUCAUUAUGCUAAUGAUCCAGGAAAAUAUGUGUCUGCUGUACUGUUAACAUUAAACAGCAUGUUAAUGAUGGAAUUGCCUACUGUGAAUAUUCUCUCAAAGGUUGAUUCAGUAGAAAAAUAUGGGAGCCUGGACAUGGGUCUUGAAUUUUACACAGAAGUCAUGGACUUAGAAUACCUUUUAGACUACCUUGGAGAUGCACCAGUGACGCGCAAGUACACCAAGUUGAACAAAGCCAUGGCAGAUGUGAUCUCAGACUAUUCCCUGGUGACCUUCAUCCCCCUGAGUGCGGAUAGCAGGUCGACUCUGUUGGCUGCGAUGAAGGCAAUCGACAAGGCCAAUGGAUAUAUAUAUGGUAGCGGGGAAGAACGGAAUAUCCAAAGGUUAUUGUCCUGCGCCGUCGGUGCCGAAUACGAGCACGAGCGCCUGGGGAAUGUGCGCGAUGAGUUCAUGAGAGGAGACAGUGAGGAGGAGGAUGACGAGGAUGAAGAAAUUAUCAAGAUGAUUGCUACUCAGAAUCAAAAUAGAUAA